AUGUCCGACCUGAAGAAGCAGAGACAUCAUAAAGGCAGUGGACUGAGCCCUGGAGAUCUCAAGAGCGGCGACAAUAGUAUCGACGGAAGCGGGGGGCUCGGCAAUGGGCUUGGGUCACUCCCAUCAAAGGAGGCGAUGGCAUCGAAGGGCCUCGAGGCGAAGCACCAACAAAUGCAACAGUAGUUGAGGAGGGGGCUGAUCGUCCUGUACCCAUGGUGGUCCCUGCAAAGCCGCCAGAAGAGAUGGGACGCAGCGCCAUGGUUAUCGAGUGAAAUCAGCGGAGGUAUUAGAUAAAGGCCAACCCUUAAGAUUGGAGUUGUAGUCCAAUUGGUUAGCCUUUAUCUGGUAGGAGGUACGGGGUGUCAUCGACCGUAGCAGUGAUGGUGCAGAGCGGGAGCACGCAGAGCGGCGGCGCUGAGCGUGCGGACGCCUGUCACACUCCCAGACAGAUCGUGAAUGACAUGGAUGGAGGUUUAGAAUGAUGUGUGGACUCGAAUACCGUGACGAGCUACACAGCAGUGUGUGAGAUAAGGGAGAGGGGGGGGGAGAACUGACAGGCGGCAUCAGCAUCAACAACUAAAUGCCUUAAGUCGAAACGCUGCUACUGCUGCUAUGGGUAGUGUGGCAACGUCGUGCGAGUUUGAGGUCAUCAGUCCUUCCCGGUUCGAACCGUACGCUUUUUAGAGUUCGAUCAGGGGACUUAAUUUCCUCCGAGAUAUUGUGUCUUGUCUCCUGUCUGUUGAAACGACGGCGGCCUAACUCCAUUAUACAAGUAUUGCAAGCACGGGAGUAUAGCGUCGGAGAGCGGGAAAGGACGUCGACAUGAGGAUAGGGAUCACAUAUUCUUCCGGUUGGAUCUUAGGAGAAGAAAGUCGUUGUUGAUGGCUCGCGCUAACGUUUUCGGUCAAAGGCACUCGAAGUCAGCUCGCCUCGUAUGUUUACGCGUGGAAUAU